ACAGAAGUGACUUGGAUUUAUGGAUUGGUUUGAUUAUCUGGACUUCCGAUUUUAUUUUAUUUUAUUUUAUUUUAUUUUAUUUUCAUUUGUUCGUCAUUAUGAAUAACACAUAAAUAUCAUGAAUAUCGUAUGCAUUUCUAGAAAUAUUUCUAUUUUUCUAUUUCUUCUUCACCUUUAGCUUCAAGUUCCCUCAAGUUAAAGUGGGAUAUCAGUUUCUUCCCUUUUCUUCUAUUUUGGUGGGGGGAUUUAAAAUGUCUGGUGUUAUGCUAACGAAGUGAAGAGCAAGAUUUCCUUUUUGUCUCUAGCUCUUGUCUGAAUCCCAAAAAUGGUGUUUUGAUGUUGGAUUUGGAUUGUUUUAGAAGAAGGAAAGAAAGAUCAGAGAUGAAGUUUAUGAAGCUGGGAUCUCGACCUGAUACAUUCUACACCACAGAGGCUGUAAGGUCUGUUUCUUGUGAAGCUUCAAGUGAUGUUAUAGUCCAAGUAAAAGGGAACAGAUAUUUACUCCAUAAGUUUCCUCUGCUAUUGAAAUGCCUCCGCCUGCAGCGGCUGUAUGCAGAGGCAGCCUCGGAGCUCCAGCUGAUCAAGCUCCAUGACUUCCCCGGAGGGGUGGAGGCGUUCGAGCUCUGUGCCAAGUUCUGCUACGGCAUCAACAUCACACUCAGCGCCUUCAACGUCGUCUCAGUCCGUUGUGGAGCAGAGUAUCUCCAAAUGACAGAGGAAGCAGAGAAGGGCAAUCUCAUAUCCAAAGUUGAGGUUUUCUUGAAUUCUUGCAUCCUUCGAGGAUGGAGGGACUCCAUUGUGACAUUGCAGACCACCAAGGCCUUCCCCUCUCUGUCGGAGGAGGUUGGGGUGACCAGGAGGUGCAUUGAGGCUGUUGCCUCGAGGGUUCUGUCCCACCCGGAGGAGGUUGUGGUGACCGGGAGGUGCAUUGAGGUGUCGAGCAAUGGGUCAGGAAGCCAUGGGCAUAGGGCUAAAGGGUGGUGGGAUGAGGAUUUGGCAGAAUUGGGGAUAGAUCUUUAUUGGAGAGUGAUGGUGGCAAUCAAGUCUGGUGGGAAGGUCCCUUCUCACCUCAUCGGUGAUGCUUUGAGAGCCUACUCGUCGCGUUGGCUCCCAAACUUGGGUAAAUGCAUCCAUGAUGAUGGUGAAGUACAUUCAAGAAAUAGGCUGAUUUUGGAAUCAGUUGUUAGCUUAUUACCAGCUGAGAAAGGGGCUGUUUCUUGCAGUUUUCUGCUAAAACUGCUCAAGGCAGCUAAUGUGGUAAAUGCCUCCGUCUCGUCUAAGAAAGAGCUGGCAAAAAGGGCAGGGUUUCAGCUAGACGAGGCCACAGUCGACGGCCUUUUACUGCCUAGUUGCUGUGAAAAUGGGACGAGGCAUGAUGUGGACGCCGUUUUAGUCAUGUUGGAGGAGUUUGUGUCCCGGUCUGCAGAGGGCGUUGGUAUCGAGUUUCAAGAGAGGAGGAGAUCAUCCUCUGCAGCACACAGCAAGGUUGCAAAGCUUGUUGAUGAAUUCUUGCUAGAGAUAGCAAGAGAUGCUAAUCUUCCUAUGUCCAAAUUCAUAGCCAUUGCUGAAGCAAUACCAGAAUUUGCAAGGGUUGUUCAUGAUGGUCUCUACAAAGCCAUUGAUGUUUACCUAAAGGAGCAUCCGGAGCUGAGCAAGGGAGAGAGGAAAAGUCUCUGUCGAAUUCUCGACUGCAAGAAGCUAUCUGUGGAAGCUUGUACGCAUGCUGCACGGAACGAGAUGCUCCCUCUAAGGGUGGUGGUGCAGGUUCUCUUCUUUGAGAAGGUACGGGCUUCAAUGGCGGGGGACCAUGUGACCGAGCUCCCUAGCAACAUCAAGGUGCUGUUGGAAGGGCGCCCGACUCCUUCAAAGAGGGCCUCCGGGAUAAAUUCGCAAAAUUCUAGUGUUUCAACACUGAAGAUGAGGCUGCAUGAGGAUCAUGAUGUGGAGAGUGAUCGCAUUGUUAAGCCUUCGAAUAUCAAGUCUUUGAGCAUGAUGCCUAGCAGAUCUAAGAGGAUGUUCAGCAAGCUAUGGCCUAUUAGUAGAAGUGCAAGUGAAAAGAAUUGAGAGAUGUUUUGUUGAAUAUACUCCAAGUCUUUAAGAGAUUAUUAGGAGAUUUGGAUUCUACCAAUAUUAGAUCAUAAGGAAAUAGGUUACCAUAUUUGGCAGGAAUGAAAUUUCUGUUAGGAAAAUUCUCUUUGUGCAAAAUAGCAUAGUGCAUUUGUAGUUUUGUGUUUGUUGUUAUUUAUAAUUUGCAUUUUUAUUAGGUGUACAUAACCUUUACUUAAUGAAGCAUUCUUUGCAAAAUUUUGCAGCAGGCCUAA